GCAAUAUCUGCCACGGCAGGGUAUGUGAGGAAAUCUCGAUCUGCAUAUCCAUGGGAAGUCGGACUUGCGUGGAUUUCAAUGUCAUCUGAGACAGGGAUCGGCCUGAUCAAGGAAGGGGGUGUCUUUAUUUGAGUACAUACCCAGGUGGUGUCACUGUACCUCUCUUGUUCAGCAUAUGCACACCGACGGCAACUUCCAUCAUUUCGAUCGAAGGCAACAGGCAGUCAAGUUCAAAUCAACUCGCCCUUUAAUUUUUCAUCAUGGUAAGAGCCGUUCAACCCCCUCGUCCCCUUCCCUCAGUCUUCCUGUGCUCGAUGGAAAGCCUUCUCCACCUACCUUAGAGAUCGGCUGAUAAGGCCCAAACCUGAAUCACGAUAUCUUCAGGCAGUUUCAAACUCCCCUGGAGGUGUUUCCAUUUCAAUCUGCGCUGGUCAUCGUUAUAGUCGAUUAUUCUUGUUCGCGCCAAUGAGUGUUGACAAACUCUGAACGACUUGUAUUAGGCAUUCACUUCACGCCGUCGUUGGCACUACAUCCGGAGAAUUUCGUCUAGUGCCACAUAGUUGCAUAGUGCUAGUCUAGAUCUUUGCAGAUCCACAUCUGGUCCUGUAUCCAUGGCCUCACUUGUUGAGCAACCCUGGCGACGGCCGGUCGUCAGUGGGCCUUCACCCUCGUCCCCAAAGAAUGUCCACUGUCUCUCAGGAGGAGCAGAAAACCUCGACAACAAGCGCCAAAACCUUGGAAAGCCUCCUUCCCCUCCUCGAAGUUCUAGCCCUACUUGUCCACCUGCAAAAGACGUGGACUCUGACUCGUCCGAUGGCUCUAUACCGAACACUCCACCACGGCCGACAUCGUCUAGCACAACUAGAUCUAACGUGUGUUCGGACAUAACAAAAGGCAGGAAGGGAAGCCUCUCGAGCUCUCUCCCUUCAGCUGUUCCCCCAGCAGUAGGAGACGCUGCGGUGCAUAGAACACAAGUCCGGCAAUACCAUGUUGUCGAGCGGGAUUGGAACGAUAUCCACGAUACCACUCAUGGACUUCUUCCCACCAUCCCAUCUCCCCAAAAUGCGGGAGGGAGUAGGGAAAAUGGCGCCGGUGACAAUACGACACGCAUCACCCUGCCGUCCCUUGACAUACCGAGAUACAGGACCCACUCGGGCACUCAACACCUAGUCAACAAUACUCGCUCUCCAGACUCAACGCCGUCAACUAGAUCAUCCUCCAACAGCAUCGCCGACAGCACCCGGAGAGCAUCUUUUGCGUCGGAAAGAACGGGUUGGUCGUCCUCUCCACCCAUCUUGAUGCCACCGCCUCCGUUGCCACCGCAAUCCUACACAGCACAGCUAGAUACCUACGCUCGCGUUGCAGAGAAGGCGUCGGGCGUACCUCGAGCAAACCCACUCUCGGUCUCCGAAUUAAUUCACCGGGAGGCCAUCGGCACACACCCCCAGCCGACACCGCGCACGAGUACCCCCGCAGCCACUGGCGACCGACUUCCGUCCCUCAUGAACGAGUUUGUAGAGGUGUUAAACAUCUACGAAAGGGUAUCAGAUGUCGACAUGUCCAAGUUCCUUGAGGAGCUUAACUACCAGCUGUCCCUAACGGGUCUGCUCCGCGAGGCGCGCGAGCACAUCUGCAGUAGCUUCGAGCUCGGAGACAGACAGCGCAGCACCUUCACCACAUAUACUAGGGCCAUGUUGAGGGCGGAGAUCGAGCCGGUGCGGGGCAUGCGUGAGGUUGUUGCCCGGGCGGUGGUGGGCAUGAGCCAGCGGGAGAUGGGCCGAUUCGAGGAGGAGGUUGGCCACAUGAUCGACAACAGCCAGUAUCACCCCACCAGCCCGUACCGCGAGGCCAUCUGCUGCGCGGCGUACGCGGCCAGGUUCCCCGAGGACCAGCUGGAGGAGCUCAGGCGGCAGCUCAGGAGGACGCCGUUGGCCGCGUUCCAGGCCAAUCGGCAGCGGCAGCAGCAGCAGCAGCAGCAGCAGCAGCAGCAUCAACCGCACAGCAACAGCAGCGCCGCGGGAACUAUUGGCCAGCAGCAGCAUACGAGCAUCCACAACCUGCCGCCGCCGAGGGAGUGCGAGAAAAUCGUUGAACCCCGGCGGCCUGGGGCUGGCGGCGCCACGGGCCGCAAGGAUCCGCCUCGACCUGUGAAUUAUAGCCUGAGGGAGUUUCCCAUACUCUCAAGUGGCUGAGGUGGCGCAAGCCAUGUCUUCGUUUGACGUGUGAGGAAUGAAAACUUGCUCAACUAGGCUGAUUGGGGAACAGCGGUCUGCCGUACUUCCACUCGUCUGGUCGACAUGCCUGGAGGCUGGAAAGACAAUGCGUGUUGCAUGUGGUCAAGGGUGCUGGCGUACUGGCGGCUAACAAGGUAUUUACGAAUAAUGACAAUUUUCGGUUAGAAUACAUGAGCCAUGGAGUAACAUGGUGCUGUCCUUGGUUUGGGAUAUUUGCCUAGGUACCAGUUGACAGGCCUUGCCUUUGCCCCGGUAGUUUUGGAUCGUAACCGGUCACAAAGCUUGCCUUGAUGGCUCCAAAACAUGAUACACAGGGGCAGCAUCUCGAUGAGUUGGUCAGUGAGACUUGGGGCUUGAUUGCCAGCCCGUACCAGCGUCUUCCCGUAAACAUGCAAUGCACCGGUGACGAGUCCCCCCCCACCCCGAAGUAAUAGACGUUGAAGUGGACCGGUUGAGCAGUGACCAACAAUGCUUUGUUGGACGUGCUGCUUCUAUCUUAAUGCUGAACCUCAAGAAUUACUGCUGGAUUAAAUUGCACACGGGAUGUCAUGUGUAUGGGUCAAGGAGCCUGCAUACUUAGGUAUGGCAGAGCAG